AUAGCAGCGUAUUACAAUAACAGUGUGCUGUCACUGGAAAACAAAAGAGGUUGUUUUUACCAACAAAGUGAAUUAACAAUUUAGAGAUAACAAUAAAUACACGUAAAUAUAUGAGUAAAUAUGAACGUGUUCAACCAAAUCACAAACACAUAGUCAUUUAGUCCUAUAUCGCAUUGCGUAGAACAAACACCCAUUUUAUGUUUAACAAGUGAUAACCUCUAGUGCUGUUUGUUAAUACAAUUUUGAUAAAGAUACUGUGCGAUUCCUGAUUACAUAAUGGCUCUUAACUAUAAUAAGUUUCCUCAACUAAUAUCAGCGUUUUGUAACUUGAACAAUUUUAGAACAUUGUCAACGACUUGUUCGAAUAAGGCAAAAAUAAAUUUUAACUGGGAAGACCCUUUGAAUUUAGAUCGACUAUUACUUGACGAUGAAAAGGCAGUUCGAGACUCUGUGAAAACGUAUUGUCAAGAGAAACUAUUGCCUAGAGUGGUUCAAGCUAAUAGAAAUGAAACGUUUGAUCGGGCUAUUUACAAAGAAAUGGGUGAGUUAGGUAUUCUUGGCUGUACAAUUAAGGGCUACGAUUGUGCCGGAGUAUCAUCGGUUACAUAUGGACUUAUAACAAGAGAAUUGGAUGGUGUAGAUUCGUCUUAUAGAUCCGCUAUGAGUGUACAGAGUAGUUUAGCAAUGGGUGCUAUUUAUAUGUAUGGUUCAGAGGAACAAAAGCAAAAAUAUUUACCGAAAAUGGCAAAGGGUGAUCUAGUCGGCUGUUUUGGUCUAACUGAACCCAAUUACGGUAGUGACGCCGGCGGGUUAGUAACAAGGGCGAAAUAUGAUUCUAAAUCGAAAUCUUAUGUCCUGAGUGGUUCAAAAACGUGGAUUACGAACUCUCCUAUAGCAGAUAUACUUAUUAUUUGGGCUAAAGAUGAGGAUAAUAAAGUAAGGGGCUUUAUUGUGGAUAGAAGCCUAGUAAAUAAAGGUCUAGACACGCCUAAAAUUGAAGGAAAAUUUUCUUUAAGAGCUUCCCAAACGGGUAUGAUAUUGCUCGACGAAGUAGUUAUACCAGAGGAGAGUUUAUUACCCGGGGUAUUGGGUAUGAAGGGGCCUUUCGGAUGUCUCAAUAAUGCGAGAUACGGGAUCGCUUGGGGCGCUCUCGGUGCGGCCGAAUCGUGUUUGCGGAUUGCUCGACAGUACACAUUAGAUCGGAAACAAUUUGGAAAACCGCUCGCUUCGAACCAGCUGAUACAAAAGAAAAUGGCGGACAUGAUAACUGAAAUAAGUCUCGGUUUUCAAGGUUGCUUGCACGUCGGUCGUCUAAAAGAUGAGGGUUUAGUAGCUCCCGAAAUGAUUUCUCUUUUGAAAAGAAACAACUGCGGCAAAGCUUUAGAGAUUGCGAGAGUAGCCAGGGACAUGCUCGGUGGUAAUGGAGUGUCUGAUGAGUAUCAUAUAAUAAGACACGUUAUGAAUCUUGAGGCCGUUAAUACUUAUGAAGGGACUCAUGAUAUCCACGCCCUAAUUUUAGGAAAAGCGAUAACAGGAAUACAGUCUUUCUAUUAAAAAAAGAUAUAAGCUAACUUUCUGUAAAAUAUGUAUAUAAUAAAAAAAUGUUUGUA